UCAGUCUCGCGCCGCGGAGCCGCCGCCGCCGUUCGCAACCCCCCCUUCCCGCUCCCCCCUCCCCUCUCCCCGCCAUGGCACGGCCCCCCCCGGCGCCGCGCCGGCCCCCCCCGCGCCCCGGGGCCACGACGAGUCAGGUGUGAGGCCCCCACCGCUCCCCACCCGCCACCGCCUCUUACACUGGGGUUUUCCCUUUUUUUUGGCCUAAUUUUUUUUUUUUGGCCGCCCCCCCUUUUCCUCCCCCAGCGUCGCCGUCAGGGAAUCCAGCGCUGCACCGAAGCCAGGAGAGCCGGAGCAAAACCCAACCCAGGCCGAAAGCUGCAUCCAAACCAAAACCCACCCUUUUUAUCGCAAAGGAGAUUUUUUUUUUCCUUCCCCCCCCCCCCUAAUUUUUAUUAUUAUUAUUUUUUUUUAAAUCCUGACCCAAGACGUAGCGGCGCAAGCAGCGUCGGGGCGGGGGGGAUCCCGCCGGUUAUUUAUUCUCUCCCCCCGCAGAGGUGCGUCUCCUCCGGCUCACCAUGAUGUUUCGAGACCAGGUCGGUGUCUUGGCCGGUUGGUUCAAGGGCUGGAACGAGUGCGAACAGACUGUUGCGCUGCUCUCGCUCCUCAAACGCGUCAGCCGGACCCAAGCUCGCUUCCUCCAGCUCUGCCUGGAGCACUCCCUGGCCGACUGCACCGAGCUCCACAUCCUCGAAGGGGAGGCCAACAACCCCGGAAUCAUUAACCAAUGGCAACAGGAAUCCAAGGAUAAAGUGAUUUCCCUAUUGUUAACCCACCUGCCUUUACUGAAGCCCAGAAACAUCGAGGCAAAAGUCGAAUACAUGAAACUCUUGCCUAAAAUCCUGGCCCACUCAAUCGAACACAACCAACACAUCGAGGAAAGCAGACAGCUGCUGUCCUACGCCUUGAUACACCCCGCCACCUCCUUGGAGGACAGGAGCGCCCUGGCCAUGUGGCUCAACCACCUGGAGGACCGCACGUCGGGUGGCUUCGGCGGCCAGAGCAGGGGUCGCUCGGAUUCGGUGGACUACGGGCAGACGCACUACUAUCACCAAAGACAAAACUCCGAUGACAAACUCAACGGAUGGCAGAACUCUCGAGACUCGGGCAUAAGCGUCAGCGCUUCCAGCUGGCAGGACAAAAACCUGGCGUGCGAGAACGGCCAUCUGCCCCUCUACUCCUCCUCCUCCGUCCCCACCACCAUCAACACCAUCGGCACUAGCACAAGCACCAUUCUCUCAGGCCAGACACACCACAGCCCUUUGAAACGCUCUGUGUCCCUUACCCCACCCAUGAAUGUGCCAAACCAACCUCUAGGACAUGGAUGGAUGUCUCAUGAGGACUUACGAGCUAGAGGACCCCAGUGCAUCCCUUCCGAUCAUGCCCCCCUGUCUCCACAAAGCAGUGUAGCCUCUUCGGGAAGUGGUGGGAGUGAACAUUUAGAAGAUCAGCCUUCUGCUCGUAACACAUUCCAGGAGGAAGGGAGUGGGAUGAAAGAUGUCCCAGCUUGGCUGAAGAGCCUCCGGCUGCACAAGUAUGCUGCCCUCUUCUCGCAGAUGACAUACGAGGAGAUGAUGGCCCUCACUGAAUGCCAGCUCGAGGCACAAAACGUUACCAAAGGCGCAAGACACAAAAUAGUCAUCAGUAUCCAAAAGCUAAAAGAGAGACAAAACCUACUCAAAUCUUUAGAAAGGGACAUUCUGGAAGGUGGCAACUUGCGCGUCCCACUACAGGAACUACACCAAAUGAUCCUCACCCCCAUCAAAGCCUACUCUUCCCAAAACUCCAGCACGGAGGAGCACAGCCGGGACGCGGAUUCGCAUCACCCCUCCUCCCUCAUCGGCUCCGACAGCCAAGGCUCCGACUGCAAGGACUCUGCCGCGGGGGGGAUGCAGCAGCACCAUUUACCGGGAUGCGAGGGGGAGUCGGGGGGGGCCCCUUUGCCCGAAGGUGACCUGCCUGGCCAGUUCACCAGAGUGAUGGGGAAAGUAUGCACACAACUUCUAGUUUCCCGACCCGAUGAAGAGAAUAUAAGUUCCUAUUUACAGCUCAUAGACAAAUGUCUAAUCCAUGAGGCGUUUACAGAUAUCCAGAAGAAGCGGCUGCUGUCAUGGAAACAGCAGGUGCAGAAACUCUUUCGGUCUUUCCCUCGGAAAUCCCUCCUGGAGCUGUCAGGCUAUCGGCAGCAGAGGAGCCGAGGCUUUGGCCAGUCCAACUCCUUACCGACAGCCGGAUCAGCCGGGGCAGGACUGGGACGGCGAAACCCCCGCCAGUUCCAGCUCCCGUCCCGCAACCUCCCCACGGCCCGGCUGGGGCUGCUGGGUCCCAGUGGGCUGCUGGGCACCCCCCAGCGCAGCCCGGCCGCCAGCCCCGCCAUCCUCAAGCAAGGCAGACAGAACCUCUGGUUUGCCAACCCCGGGGGCAGCAACAGCAUGCCCAGCCGGAGCCACAGCUCGGUGCAAAGGACGCGCUCGCUGCCGGUCCACACCUCCCCGCAGACCAUGCUGAUGUUUCAGCAGCCAGAGUUCCAGGUGCCGGUGACAGAACCUGACAUCAACAACAGGCUGGAGUCCCUGUGCCUGAGCAUGACGGAGCACGCGCUCAGCGAUGGUGUCGACCGAACCUCCACGAUCUAGAAGGCGUCGCGGCGGGGACGCUGGCCGGGAGAACAACAACUGCUGCGGGUCCAGCGGCGAGGUCGGGGCUUCCGGGAGCCUCAGCGAGCGCUUUGCAUCCUUUCUCCUCUCUUUCCUCUUUCUCUCUCUCUCUCUCUCUCCUGUUUUAAUUUCGUGAAUGUGUAGAUUGUCCUUGUGAACAUAUCAUUAGACUUUGGAAUUUGUGUUGUCAUUUAUUACAUCCAUGCUAAGUGGCGGGGGGGGGCAAACAAAAAAAAUAUCAGUGAUGAUGAUGAUGAUGCAAACGCAUGGGGAGGGUGUGGGGGAUGUGGCAGGAGAGUGCUGACAAUGGGGGUUCACCGGAGCGCCGUGGGCAAACCCUGUUUCUGGACAAGGAUACAAAUUAAUAUCAAAUAUCAUAUGGGUGCGUGUGACCAAAAAAAACAAACCCCUUUGGGGGAUUUGCCUGUCCCACCGGAGCCUUUGGGGCCAGGGGUCCCAUCCUUUGAGUUUCGCUGCGCUGCGAGCCCACAUUUAAAAUAAAAUAAAAUAAAAUAACCCCAAAAUUUCCUUUCAGUUUAGCCAAGAGCAUCCGCAGGUUUGAGGCAGCGUUGUGACAGGGCAGCGGAGGGUGGGUGACACCCGCCGGGUGCGGGGGUCGGUCCCCCCAUCCCUGCGGCCCCGAUGCAGGUUGGGGUUCAGGGAUAGGGGGGUCAUCUCGCCCAGUGGGGGGUCCUGGGGGAUGUCGGCAAAGCGGGGGGGACGUUGGGUGAGUUUCUGUGUCUCUUGUCUUGCCUGCGUGGGUACCGGGAAGAUGCUGCAUCCGUGGCUUUACACAUCUCCCCCCCGCCUGCCCAAACCCAGCAAUGAGGGACUUUUCCAGCCCUGGGGUGACCGAGAAGGGAUGAAGGAGGCUUGGGAGUCAGCGUGCAGAUUUAUUUAGCCAAAUAAAAUUUUUUAAAAAAUAAAAAACAAGCCCUAAAGGGCAGCAAAACGCAGCUUCACGGCGUCAUUUUCUCAGUAUUAAACAUACGCCGGGGAGGAGACGUAGUUGGCAGCGGCUCGGCUGCUCCUCGCCCGCUGCUGCGUUGCUUUUUAUAACAGGGAGCUAAAUUUGGUCCGAGGGCAUUAAGCAGGUAAAUCCGACACAGCGCUGCUCAGGCCUGGGCUCAAAGCGACACCGGGGCGAUGCUGGGCGUAGCGACGGCUUCGCCCACAGAAUCACAGAGAAUGUCAGGGAUUGGAAGGGACCUCGAAAGAUCAUCCAGUCCAAUCCCUCUGCUCCGCUGGGCCCGGUGCUAACAUGAUAAUUAACUAAAGGGAGGGGAUAGGUGGGAGCGGCGAUAUUCCCAAAACAUGGUGUGUGCCUAUGGGCUGGGACGGACCGGAGCGGGGCUGGGGGCGAAGGGGAACCGGCGGGGAUGGGAGAUGUGUGAACCCAUUUGCAGUGCAGCACUUUUAGGUUCUUUUUUUUCUCUUUUUUUUUUAAAAAAAAAGAAGUGCCAAACGCGAUGUUUUCUGUUUGCUGUUCCUUGGUGUCCCGUUCUCUGGCAGGCAGGGGAUGGGGAGAUGUGCAGGGGGGGGAGCGGAGAAGGGAAAACCCGAAAGCGAGGGAGGUUUGACAAGGUGUGAGGAGGUGAAGGUGAAGUGGGGACUUGGGUGGGGGGGACACCUGUGUCACCCCCCCGAGCACCCCAGGGUGUCCGAAACUGAGGUGUGAACAGCCGUAGCAAAUAUAUUUAGGGAGCUGAAUUACUAUUUAUUCCCUCGCCGACUAUAGAAACAGAGGUUAUCCGAUUGCUGAGAGAUAUUACUUUGGAUAGAUUUCCUAUUAACUUGCUAUGGCUGGUAACCAUGAUAAUGUCUGUUAUUAACAACCACCGAAUAAUUCAAAUGUUGUUGGGUUUUUUUUCCUUUUGUUAAAAAUAACAAACCACAAAAAGCUUCUUUUCCAUUGACAGUGUAUAGGUUAAUAAUGACUUAGUUGUGUUUGCCGUUUCGUGGGGGUUUUUUUAAGUAACAUAAUAAAGUGGCUUUGGUUGCGUUCUGCCUGGCUCUGGGUGCCUGUGCUGAGUGCAGGCAGCAGAGCUCCAGCCUAAGAAUUUAAACAAAAAAAAAAAUAGGAAAAAAAUAUUUAUAAAAAGAAAAAAAAAACCACAAAACAAAGAAAACAAACCACAGUUGCAUGAGUGAGGCUGUGAAGUCAAAUCUUUAGUAAUAAAGCGGCAGUGCCUUUCUUUUUUCUAUUCACCCAUUCACCCCCCACGUGUUUUUGUACCACGUGCGCGUCGUGGCGAGGGACGUGGCACCUUGGCCUGGGGUGGGCAGCAUCCCCCCCCCCGCUGUCCCCUGUCCCCCCAGCACCCGCCGGGGACCUUUUACUGGUGCUGUUCCCCCGAACCGUCCCCGGCUGCAGCGGGGGGGCCGGGCAGCUCAGCGCCCAAGUGGCCUUGGGUCCGGCGGAUGCUCCCAGGGAGAGAAAUAACACUAAAUAAUAACAUAAAUACACUUUUUCCUUCAAGGUGUCCACCCCCUCCCCGGGGACAAGGCCUGAGCUCGACUGGACUUGAGCUGGGCUUUGCUUUGGUUUGCUCAGCUCAUUGUAAAUGCAUGGGGCGGGGUGGGGGGGGGGGUUAAGCCCGGCCAGCAUCCAGCAGGAUGAAACAAAUCCAAAACUGUGAUUUUUACGUGGAGCAAAGCUUGAGUUUGGUCAGCACUUAGGGAAAUUCUUUCUGUUGUCACCUUUCUCCAUGUCGGGGUGCGGCCGUGCCCCUGGUUUGGCUUCUUUUGAAUGUGCCUGAUGGAAAGUGGGUCCUGCAGACGUCUAUAAUUUGCACACAGCGACGAUAACACUAAAGUUGAUUUUAUACGAGUCAUCAGAGUUUGCAAAAGUGAGUUUUAUUUUUUGUAUUCCUUUAUCUUUACUUAAAGGUGAAUGUGUAUUCCUCUGGGAGGAAUAGGAAGAAAAAAAACACAGGAAUGUUAAUAAUGUUAAACAGAAUACUUCCUCCCUUAUUAAUAUAUAUAACCCUUAUGUAUUUAUGCAUAUUGUAAGCUUACUUUAAAAAGCUUUGAAUUCUUUUCUGUUGCAUGCCGUUCCCGGGCAGCCUUUUAUUGUACAUGCAUGCCUUGAGUCCUGGUUUUUCUGUACAAAGUUAGUGCACAAAGAACUAUUUUUGCCUAGUUAAUGUUGCCGAGCAAUGCAUAUUUUUUAAAGCUUCUUUUUCUUUUUUGUCAUAUAUGGAAAUAGCAUGUUUGUUACAUGUAAAAGCUUUCCUGAUAUAAAGAAAUACUAAUGUUUGGAGAUGCCGGUCUUUGCAAGUGUACAGUUUUCAUAUGUUGUUCCCAGUGAAAACACCCUUCGUGAUUUCCACUUGCUCCAAUGUAUUUAUUACUCAUUUCCUCCCAUGUAACUAGGAAUCAUGGCUAUAUUUCAUAUCAACGGCAUAUUGAAAGUGAAGGGAGAUGAUUAAUACAAGGUUUUGUAACA